GUCCAGGAGAUUGUUGGAGGAUGAUGAUGCGGCUGAGCGGCCGGCGGGGACCUCAUGUAGCUACAACGGACCGGUCUUAGCCAUAGAUUUUCCCUUGCCUUGUCUAGUUUCUUGCCAAAAUUUGCUGUUCAAUGUGGAACUGUAAACCGAAGCGGCGCGGAAACUAAUUAGCAGCAACAAGAGAAAGAAAAGAAGAAGAAGAAAACGGAGAAGAAGAGUGACUUGGACAGAGCUAGGCAUCAAAUUACACCGGAUGUUAUUAUUAAACGUUUAUAAAUAUCAAAGGCAAUAAUCGAGACCAAAGGGAGAGGAGUCAUGGAGGUUGUAACACAUUUUGCGAAUGACACUGUAGAGUUUUACAAAUGGAGCCUUACUAUAGCAGACAAAAGGGUGGAGAACUGGCCGAUGAUGUCGUCCCCCUUUUCCACCCUGGCCAUCAGCUGCCUGUACUUGAUCUUUCUCUGGGUGGGGCCUAAAUAUAUGCAGGACCGCCAGCCCUACAUACUCAGAAGGACCCUCAUAGUCUACAACUUCAGCAUGGUGGUCCUCAACUUCUACAUCGCCAAAGAGCUCCUGCUAGCAUCAAGAGCUGCUGGGUACAGCUACCUAUGUCAACCUGUCAACUACUCAAACGAUGUCAACGAAGUCAGGAUAGCAUCUGCUCUUUGGUGGUACUAUAUCUCCAAAGGAGUGGAAUUCUUGGAUACAGUCUUUUUCAUUUUGAGGAAAAAGUUCAACCAAGUCAGCUUCCUCCACGUCUACCACCACUGUACAAUGUUCAUCCUGUGGUGGAUCGGCAUCAAGUGGGUCCCCGGUGGACAGUCAUUUUUUGGUGCAACCAUCAACUCCUCCAUCCACGUCCUCAUGUACGGUUACUAUGGUCUGGCAGCUCUGGGACCUCAUAUACAGAAGUACCUCUGGUGGAAAAAAUACCUCACUAUUAUUCAAAUGAUCCAGUUCCACGUAACCAUCGGCCACGCCGGCUACUCCCUCUACACCGGCUGUCCCUUCCCCUGCUGGAUGCAGUGGGCUCUGAUUGGCUACGCAGUCACUUUCAUCAUCCUCUUUGCCAACUUCUACUACCACGCUUACAGGCGCAAACCUUCUUCGCUCAAAGGAGGCAAGCCGGUGGCUAACGGCACUUGUAGUGUGGCUAACGGUCACCGCAAUAUGGAGGAGGUGGAGGAAAAUGGAAAGAGGCAAAACAAGGGCAGAGCGAAAAGAGAGUGAAUAAGGAAGAAGAGUUUUUUUCUGGCAAAACAAAGCAGAUAAAUGUCAAAGAGUGAGGAAGGGAAUAAACAGCGUUCUAACCAGAAAAUGUAGAUGGGUGUGAUAUGGGACCAACUUGAGAAGAUGAAUGGGUUGUAGCGUGUUUGUGAGUGUGUCUAAGUGGAAGAGAGUUGUGUUGUCUUCACAACUCCUUUUUUAUUUUAAAUGAAGAAAAGCAAAAUGCUGAUCAUGUAGACUCCACGCCUCUCUGUCCAUCAUUGUGUUGGACUCCGUUAGGACCAAAAUAUGAACGGAUCUGCAAUCUGCUCAGCGUCCACAACCAAAAUUCACCUCCAACUUUUGUACUCUGGAUACUGCUUGAUCUGAAAGCUUGAAUAGUCUUUAAUACUAUAAUUUAUUUAUCUGUGCUCUAAAAUAUAUCUAAAUAAUUUAAUUCCAAUAAAGAAAAAGCAAAAAGGGAAUUUUGGGGGUGGGCGAUAAGGAGGAGGUAUUUUGUUUACAAAUCUUUAGUUAAGUUGAAUAUGGUUAUUAAAGAAAACCAAACAGA